AUGUCUGCCGCCGCCGCCGCCGCCGCCACCGCCGCCAUCCACGACUCCGCAACUGUCGGCUUCCACAACGCAACCGCCUACGAUGCCCACCGUCCGUCCUACCCUCCCCAGGCCGUCGACCAGCUCCUCACCAACGUCGGCGUCGACGGCAGCCGCGGCGCCCGCGUCGUCGACCUGGCCGCCGGGACCGGCAAGAUGACGGAGCUCCUGGCCGCCAGGCCAGAGGAGUUCGACGUAGUCGCCGUCGAGCCCCACGCCGAGAUGAGGGCCACCCUCGAGGCCAAGAAGCUGCCGCGCGUCGAGAUCCAGGCCGGCACCGCCGACAGCAUCCCCGGCGUCGCUGACGGGUCCGUCGACGCCGUCGUCGUUGCUCAGGAAGAAGCCCUUGCCGAGAUUCGCCGCAUCCUCAAGCCAGACGGGAGACUGGCCAUGAUCUGGAACAUUGAAGACUACAACAAACCCCCCGCGUGGACGGCAGCCUCGAACUAUGAGCAGAAGCUCAACGAGCUCAUCCUCAGCAUCUCCAGGGACGGCCAGCCCCGCUUCCGCGAUUACAAGUGGAAGGACGUCUUCGACACCCAGACCGGGCUCUUCUCCACGCCCAUCGGCGAGGACGGCAUCGAGUGGACCAUCUGGCUCAGCCACCAGGCCCUGUGGGAGCGCGUGCAGACGCUGAGCCACGUCGCCCUGCUGCGGGGUGCAGAUGCCGACGACUUCAAGGAGAAGUUUGAUGACCUGGCCAAGGCUGGGGAUGGACAGCGGAAUGACAAGGGCGAAGUCGCCAUCCACGGGAAGACGGUCUUGGCCUGGACGACGAGAUUGUAG